GUCCAGUUGCGCGACGGCCGGCGCACGAGUCUACCGGUUAUUGUGUUUAAUAUAAUGCGUGUAAUGUGCUCGCAUUUCACUUGACGUUUCUUGCCACGAUAACAUCAGCAAACGUGAUAUCUAAGAGCCGAUCGAUUAAUUCGAUUAUUACUUGUGACGUGAGACUACCAACAUGUGACAAAUGAUAUCAAAAGUUAGUACCGGCUAAUGUCUUGCACCGACAAAAAAGACGAUAUUCCGGGAAUGCACACGCUCGAAUGCCGGUUUAUAGUGGACGCUUUAUUUCAAGCAGUUCUCUUAUGAUGCCUCGAAGGAAUAAAUGGAUGCAUCUAGUCGCGGGCGUAGUCGCCGGGGUCACUAUCGGCGUGUUCUUGAAACUGUGUUUGAGGACUUCUUCAAGGACGUCUAUAGAUGUCUGCCCGGAGGCAGCCAAGUCUUACGUCGCUCCGGACCCAUUAGCGAUAAUCGGUUUAGAUUCUGGAGAAAAUAUACAAAACUCGAACAGAACUUUAGUGUUUGUGGGUGUGAUGACCGCGGAGCAGUAUUUAACUUCUAGAGCUAAGGCUGUUUACGAUACUUGGGCCCAGGACCUUCCCGGGAGGCUUGCGUUUUUUAGUUCCGAAGUGUCCCGAGCGCCGGGAUUGCCAUUAGUGCCCCUGCGGUAUGUGGACGAUAGCUAUCCGCCGCAGAAGAAAUCCUUUCUAAUGCUGUUGUACAUGUACGAGAAUUAUGGUGAUAGGUUCGAGUGGUUUAUGCGUGCCGAUGAUGAUGUGUAUGUGAGAGGUGAUAAGUUGGGAGAGUUUUUGCGUUCAGUGGACAGUACGAAGGCACAGUUUAUUGGUCAGGCGGGUAGAGGAACUGCGGCGGAGCGCGAUGCCCUGUCUCUGGAUUACAAUGAGAACUUCUGCAUGGGAGGUCCCGGAGUGCUGCUGUCACGGGAGACGCUGCGCAGGGUGGCUCCACACGUGAAGUACUGCCUGAAGCAUCUGUACACCACUCAUGAAGACGUGGAACUGGGCCGGUGCGUUGCCAAGUUCGCAGGCGUGUCGUGCACCUGGAGUUACGAUAUGCAGACCAUCCUUCACCACAACAGCAGCGGUGCCGCGGCAUACACGGGACGGCUCAAGAAGAGGGAGGUGCACCGAGCCAUCACGCUGCACCCCGUCAAGGACCAUCGCCAUAUGUACCGGCUGCACACAUACUUCAAGAAUCUAAAAAUUCAAGAUCUCCGGGAGUCGUCCCUGGACUUACACAGGGAUAUAGCAGCGUCAGUCAAAGAGCUGGGGGUGAAUAAGGAGCAGGUUGCCGAUUACGUCCUGCCGGGAGAUGUGCCAUUGUUCCCAACUAAGAUGGGCAUGCCUGGAUACCUGGGUGACAACAGGAUUUUAGGAACCCCAAUAGAUCUCAACAGGUACAAAGCUAACACCAUGGAGGAUAUCAUACCGUUUGACUUCAUCAGCAAGUCAAUCUACUCCAUGAGUCAUACAAACCCCAAGAGACGGAUUGAGACCCCGUUGAAGGAAGCCCUUGAUGAUGUUAUUAGAGAGGUGAUGGAGAUUAUAAACGCACCGUCCCGGCAGCGUGGUCGUGUGAUCGACUUCAACGAGCUGCUCUACGGCUACACGAGGCUGCAGCCGCUGCACGGUGCUGAUCAUGUGCUGGAUCUGCUGCUCAAGUACCGCCGGUACCGCGGCCGCAAGAUGACAGCUGCCGUCAGAAGACAUGCCUAUCUGCAGCAGAGCUUCACUGGUACAGAGAUACGAGAACUACCAAUGGGAGAGCCAGCACCAUUUGAGGAUCCAGAAAUACUCGAGAAAAUAAACUCAAAAACUAACUUGAACGAUUAUGAAGACUUCGACGAAGACCCCAGCCCACAAACAGCCGGCUUUCUAGAUUUUGGCAAAUUGAACGUGAAAGAGGCAAUCGAAAAUGGGCUUCUUAAAUUGCAAAACAAUCUUCCGAAUGUAUUUAAAUGGAGCGAUGAUGAUUAUGAAUAUCCAAUUUACGAUAGGCGGAUACAUUUUAUUUUGCCUUUGUUGGGACGACAAGAAAUAUUUGUACGUUUCAUGAAAAAUUAUGAAGAUAUUGUGCUCAUGAGUGAUGAAGCUGUUAGUUUAAUUGUUGUAAUGUAUUUAGAUAGCAAGAACCCUUUAGACUAUAGAAACGCCGAAGCAUUAAUAGAUCAUUACAAUGAUUUAUAUGGCAAGGACAUUAAGAUAGUUCAUAUGGGCUCCACGACAUUUUCCAGAGGGGCCGCGAUCACUGAAGGCAUUAAAGUUUGCGCGGAUGAGGAUCUGAUGUUCUUUAUUGAUGUCGAUAUGAUGUUCAAUCAUAUAACUCUUAGAAGAAUUAGAAUCAGUACAAUUAGAUACAAUCAAGUUUACUUUCCCAUAGUGUUCAGCGAAUACAAUCCAGAGGUUGUGAAUGGUGAGGACUUUAACAAACUAAAGAAUGGAACACUUGAUACGAAAACAGAUACCAGUAAACAUGUUGAGAAUAGUGUUGAUAAUGUUCCUAGGAGUGACAGAGAGUCGGCAGACUUGAAGUAUACGAAAGAAAUUAACGACGACUAUGGGUACUUUAGACAGUAUGGUUUCGGUAUACUUAGUAUAUUUAAAUGUGAUUUUCACAGAGUGGGUGGCUUUGAUUUGAACAUUAAGGGUUGGGGGUUGGAAGACGUUGAGUUCUUUGAGACAUUAAUUAAAUCAAAUUUAACAGUUUAUAGAAUAGCCGAUGACAGUUUGGUGCAUAAGUUUCAUUCAGUGGACUGUGAUAAAAAUUUAGAAAAGAGUCAGUUUUUGAUGUGUUUAGGGACCAAGGCCUCAACGUACGGAAGUGAGAAACACAUGACAUAUUACUUACUCAAUCAUCCGGAGAUACUGUGGCCACGGGGCCAAGGGGGCAACGAGAAAGGUGUUAGUUAGUACAGGGUGCCAACUAGUCUUCUAGAUACUUUAAUCAAUUUUGUAAGUUAUUGAUAGGGGAUAUGGUGUAUAUUUUGUAAAUGCAGUAUUGUAAUUAAGUGAAGUCUAUGUCCUGGUUUAGGAAUUUCAUAUAAGUUUGUGGUUGCAGUUGCAGAAAACUAUCUAAUUUAAAAAUAUGUAGGGACAGUUAUACUUUUAAAUUGUCACAAACAUUGCUUCUUAUCCAGAGCUAUUUGUAUUUCGUUUUAUUUGUUGUGAUUUCCUCAAGCGUGCGCUGAUUCCUGUAAGAUAUGACGUGGGUACUUCAAUAAUGAGUAAAUUUUUUGUAUAUACGAGGGAGUGAAAGGACAUAACGAUGUAGUGUGGCAACGGGUAUUCGAAACCCGGCUCAAGAGAUGCGUUAUCGGUCUUUAAGUUGGGAGUAUGGUCUUAGCUUAGUGGUCCCUCAGUCGUAUCGGUUCUAAAAAGCUGCAGCCGGUAAUUGAUUCCACAAAGUAACUGUGCGAGGAAGUGGGAGGCUCCUUUGCACAGGAUGCCGGCUAGAAUAUGGGUACCACAACGGCACCUAUUUUGGCCGUGAAGCAGUAUAAAUGUGUAAGCAUAACUUUGUUUCGGUCUAAAGGGCGCCGUAGCUAGUGUAAUUACUGGGCAAAUGAGACUUAACAUCGUAUCUCUAAAGGUGACGAGCGCAGUUGUAGUAACACUCAGCAUUUUUAGUGUUUUUCAAGAAUCCUGAGCGGCACUGCAUAGUAAUGGGCACAGUGUAUCAAUUACCAUCAGCUGAACAACCACCUCGUCUCUUCACUUAUUUUCAUUAAAAAAAGACUUAAAGACUCGAAGUUAAAUGCUCUCUGUCUCGCCUCAUUGAGUACACUAAGCUUUUUAGAGGAGUUUUUGGCUUUUUCUUCAAAGUGACCACGGAACUCAACGUCGCUCAAUAUAUUGACGCUGAGUAUGCCGACACAAGCUGUGGCAGUUAGAGGACUGAUCUUUUUUUCUAACUUCUCAGGACGAUAGCAUUGGAAGCGUUUAUCUGUAAAUAAAAGUGAUCCUUAAGUAAGUCCUCUUUCAAUAAAAGUUAUUAAGGCUUCCUAACUUCAGAGAGAUUCCUUUCCUCUUAGAUAUUACAAAAUUCUUAUGAUUUAGCACAAUUCUGCAACUGGCUGGAACGAAUUAUAAAAUAAAUAGGUAUUUUACAUAGAAAUAAUUUUACUUUUGUACUGUUGCAUAAUUUUCUGUUAAAUAUAAUGUGUAAAUAUUUCGGAAUCGAUUUUUUAUGUUUUUACUUUUAGCUUUGUAAAUACGAUGUUCCUAAUACAUAAGUUAUAAGAUAUAUAAUAUUAGGUACAUAAAUGUUAUGUGAAUUCUUAUCUAAAAAAAGAUAUGUACUUGUUAUACGACAGCUAUAUCAUUAAACAUCAUAAACUUUCUUUUACUUCUAUAUCAAAUAUUCAUUUUAAAACAAAUAAUGAUACUUAUAAAACCUAAGUUGAGCUUUAAGGAGAAGAAGUAGCAGAAAACUUAUUUAAAUAACAUCCCCGUCAAAAAUUUACAGUUUCAGUAUUCUUUUACUUAAUUUAUGCAGUCAUGUUUCUAAAAUGCAGGAAGAUUUUUUCUGAGUUCAAUUUGCUUCGAAGUAUAAAUAUUUCAUAGUAAAUUCAUUAAAAAUGAACAAACACAUUAAAAUUAAAGUAUAUAAUAAUAGGAUUUUAUUUCCAACAUUAAAUAAAAUGAAUUAUAUUUGAAUGUUUUACAUUUUUUUAGUUUUGACCGCUAAAUUCAAUUCAUUUGUUUUUAGUAACACUUUUACUAUUACAAAAUGACUCUAAACUAAUUAUCUAUAAAAUUUUGUGCCGUGUUUUAUAUAAAAUAAACAAAACGUGAUUAUAUAUUUAAAGAUUUCUUUUCAAAAAUAUAAUAAAUGAAAUCAAAAUCAGUUUAUUCACGUAGGUCACGGAAAUGACACUUAUGAAUGUCAAAAAAAAAUUCUUUUUGAAUCUACCGCUACUUCGUAAAGGUCACACUUCGUAACGCAACCCUUCAACGCUAAUGAGAAGAAGCAGCAAGAAACUCAUUGCCACUCUUUAAUAUCAAGAUUUACAUUUAAGUACAUCGAUUUACAAAUCAUUUCAAAUUACAAUAUAAUAUGUAAAAUGUAAAAUGAUGCAACAGACACACUCAUAUAAAUGUAUAGUAUGAUGAGAUUGUUUAGAGAUUUUGUGCAGUUAUAAAUUGAGUGAACAUGUCGUGAUAUUCAAGGUGCUAGCAAUGCCGGAGAUACAUAAUACUCGAUCCUAUUGGCUAUAUUUAUUUAUUUAUGCUGUUUGGGUUUUUUAAUACUUAAACCCCUAGAUCUAUUGUGCUCCUAGAAACGAACGUCCUAAAAAAUUCCACACCCUUGGAAGAGUUCUAUAUUGAACUUCGACCAAACGUAUACUUCGACAAGACACUAUUUUGACUAUUACAAUACCUAGACAGAACACAUGUUCGAUAAAAAAUACUGUGACGACACACAGCUUCGAAAGGUUAUUCUUUCGACAGAACUCUUCUCCGGCAAUUGAAAAUCGGGUAUUUUUACUUUGUUUUUCAGUCAUAGAUUUCUUGCAGAGAUGGUAACCCUGUCCCUUUGCGCAGUACGUACAUUAAAAUGUGGCAACGACGGUUAAUUAACUCGUAAUAACUUUUAUAUAUAACUUGUAAAUGGUGAGGAAAGAAAUCAAAGAGGGGGCGUGGCUCGUGCGUUGUGGUAACUGUUCUAACAUGACCAAACAUAACCAAUCUUUAUACUUAUCUAACUGGCGUUUAUUUUGACGCCGAAUAUGUGCAUUGUCGGACAAUUCUGUCUAUGGAGUAACCUUUCGAAGCUGUGUGUCGUCGAACUAUUGUUUUGUCGAACGAGUGUUCUGUCUAAGCAUAAUUAUAGUUGAAUUUCUAUGGCACUGCCCUUGGAAGUAUUGAAGUCGUAAAGGGCUUGCUUCACCUUCAUCAUGUCCUUAAUGCGUUGCUUUAAGGCGGAAAAUCCUCUGAGAGUUCAAGUGGGGUAGGUCAUCUGCAGGGAAUGUGAGGGCUUUUCCUGCUCUCACGAUACCAGUAGCCCCACACUCCAGUAGAAAUGUGCUAAGGAUUGUCCUUUGAUCUUUUGGCAGAAUCUGUAUAAGCUGGAUUCACUGGGUCAAUUUUGGCUAGGCUUUUUUUUUAUAUAUUUUUAGCAGGGAGUUUUCACUAGGACAUAGCUCCGUUUUCCCACUUAACUUGCUUUAAAAAUAUAUAUAUUUACUGGGAUAAAAUUCCAUGUUUUUCCUAGCGGUACGUUCUCAAUAUUGGGGAUUUCGAAGAUUAUCUCUUUCACCCAGCCAUACAAAAUUUUUAAGGUUAGAAUAUUAGUUUAGACUACUUAAUGUCCGACAUUCGGCUUCUACGAGCAGUCUAGUCUAGUCGCUCAAGUUUUAGGCCAUGUGGUCAAAGAUCUUGCGUUCAACUUACUUUGAGUUUUCAUUUUCAAUUAAUUUCUGGUAUUUUAGUUCAAAAAAUGUAUAUCAAAUAUUCUUUAGUCUGUCCAGUGUAAGUACACAAAUUUGGUAGAAAUACGGAUCUACCACGUGGCCAUAUGAUUGUUUAGUUCACGUGCGCGAUGACUGGUCACUAUUGUCACUACUACUAGUCCUUAUUGUGGUCCUAGUCCUUAUAAUUAAAUAACAAGCUCCUUUAGGUAUGGCCUUCUGAUAAAUUAUAUAGUUUGUGUUGUCUUAUUUGCCGAAACAUGUUUGGUAACGUAUUGUAUUAAGUUUUGUUUAUUAAUGUAAUACGUAUUUACGUAAUAAACAAAACGACAUGACUUGUGCGAUUUCAAUCAAAAUUUUAUUUUAGUAUAGUUGUCUUCCCGACUGAAGGACUAGCAACCAUAGUCAUGAAAAAAAAAUAUGAAAGUAUUAAGUAUUUAAACAUUGCAGAAUCAUAUGAAAAAAAUAAGACAACACAAGUCACUCUAACCUUCUGGUCAAAAUAAUAGAGAAGGGAACGACCCGCCCCACGACGCUGCUACAAGUAAUUCUCAUUUCAUAUCAUUCAUUCAAUCAAACAAAAAAUAUUGUAUUUAUUAUGAAAAUUACUAGGAUGCUUCAGAUUGGUCUCCGCUGCGUUCCAACUAGAUACCACAGGCAUAGUGGCAAAGUGCGGCAACAAAUACUUCGCCCAAGUGGGCGCACUCGAGCCAGUCUCGCACAAUUUGUUACGUUGACGUCCCACAUGUUCUGUUAAACUUUGCUUAUUGAAAAUAUACAUGUCGGGUUGCGUAUAAAACUUUGUAAAAAUAAUAGUACAAGAAAUAACAAAGACACUACGGCAUAUCAAGAGUAAAUAUUUUGUAUUUUAUUAAUUUCAAUGUAAAAUAACACGAAUCGUAUUUUGAAAAUUUGAAAAACGCUAAAACUUUGAAAGACGCUAUUGAGUGUCAAGAUGCCACGCACACAAGUAUCUAAUAGUUGCCGUGAUAAAAAAGCUAUUGUUCUUAGGUUGUGUGGUGUAGUUGGAGCGCAGCGGAGACCAAUCCUUAAACUAAGUGAAAAUAUUCAUACGGCUGCUAAUUUAAUAGGAUUUUGUUUGUUAUCUGUUUAUAUUUUGAUAUUCUAGCAAACCUAUCGUUCGCACAGAUUCAGCGAAAACCUCAUGACGGUAAUUAUAACAAAGAGUUAUUCGAUAAAGUCCGAAUGUCAGAGAUCUAGGUGCUUCGAAAAUAGCUGAUUUAGAUUAGAGCAUAGACUUAGAAUAUACUAGCGCAUAAAUGACCUGACAGCCCGACAUUGCGUGACCAAUUUUGAUAUGUUUUGUACGUUAGCUAGAGGUUUAUGUAUGAUAUUUUAUAUACUACGGAGCUAAUAUCAAACGUAGCCGUCUGCUUACGACUUGUCAUUUAAUAUCGGUUACAAUAUAUAUAUUCGAGCUUACAGACGUUGUUCUGUAGUUAAUAAAAAAAAACUGUUUUAUAGGAAAUUGCCAAUAAUAUUUCAAAACAUCAAGAAUUUUUUCGUAAAAAAUGCUCCCUGUUGUUAUAAUAAAAUUGUUUCACAGCGGAACUGUCAAACCGUGCGUCACUAAAUUCUUUCAUAGAAAAUAUGUCCAUACAAAACAAAUAUUGAAAAUAAAAAUAAUUGUGGGUCCCAAAUCGAAAUAAAAACUAUCCUAUCUCUCAAGGACCAAACUGCACUCCUUGAAGUAAUCCGCAUUAAAAUCCGUUCAUUAGUUUAGGAGUCCAUUGCGGACAAACAACGUGUCACGUAAUUUAUAUUUAUUAAGAUAUAUUACAAUAUAUUCGCGUUCCUUUUCUAUCUUGCUGUAUCUCCUGUCUCGAACGCUUUGUUCAUCUACGCCUGUAUAUUGUGAAGACGAUUAUAAUCUGUGUGGUUUAUGUCAAAAAUGUAAGUUUUUUCUGUGAUUGAUGUAUGAUUCACUGACCUGUAAAUACUACUGGACAGGCCAUAUUGGAAUUCCAUAUGUUUGAAAUCAAAUUUUUUGUGCCUAUUUGAAGCGCCACUCGCGAACGUCCAGAGAACUAAUUUUGACGUAUAAUACAAAUGGUUGCGAAUGAACGUACAAAACUCUGAAGUAUUUUGAAUUAACUUCGUUCGUUUUCCGUGCUAUUUAUACUUCACGAAACAACGUAAUGAAGUACACAAUUUUUUUUUGUAAAUAGUUUCCCACCAUCUAUCGAUGUUGAUCACUUUUGAUGUUUUAGUACCGCAGACUCUCGCUACAUGGCCAACAGCGCCAAAAUGGCGAAUAUCAAAUAGGCACAAAAGCACUUUGACACCCGCCAGUCCAGUGGUAUAUUGUAGAGGUCAGUGUGUAUGGUUACUGAUUCAAAGUAUUCUUGAACAAUUUAAAUGCAGCUUUACCAUAAUGGAAUGUUGAAUAAAAAAAUUGUACAAUAUAUUUAUAUUAUAUAAUGUGCUCAAGUGCCAAUAUUGUAUCUAAUGUUAAGUAGUAAAUUGAUAUUUUCAAAUACGAAAUAAACAAUUGGACAAAUUUAAAAAUUUUACUGUUAGCGGAAUGAAUUAAAAAGAUGAGAUUAAAUGAUUUUAAAUGGA